AUGUAUGCUGAUUUAAGUCUUAAAACGCACAAAGAGUGCCUUGAUAAAGGACUUGUGUGCCAUCGCCAUGCAAUUUGUGUUACUGAAGUUUAUAAUGACACCCUAAGAUAUAACUGUCGCUGCGGUCGUGGCUUUAGUGGUAAUGGAAGCUACUGCGAAGAUAUCGAUGAAUGCCAAUACCCUAAAUUAUACUGCCCUUAUCCACAUCAGACGUGCAUUAAUAAAGAAGGUUCCCAUGUAUGCAAAUGUGAUGCAGAAACAACCGGUCAGAGAUUUUACAGCAACAAUUGCUCAGCAUGUACUUUAAGAUGCCCAAUCAAUGGAUCAUCCUGCAAAAUUUGGACUAACAACGUAGCAUAUUGCAGCAGAACCGGGGAAACUGAUAGGCAUAAAUAUGUUAAUGCUCCUUUUCCAACAAUAGUAAUUGCUUUUAUUACUGGUGGAAUUAGUCUGAUUGUCAUCAUUAUUCUGCUUGGCACAUUUUUCUUCCUGCAAAGAAAGUUUCACUUAAAAUUUGGCGAUCAUCGCGGAUGA